CGACCACCGCCUCUCAGGGCCCGACGCCUGGAGCCCGUCGAUUCUUGGAGUUGUAGCUUCGAGGAUGACCUCUGUGACCUCGUCCCCGUGGAAGGCUACGCGGGCAAGUGGGAACGUGGAAACACAUUGGAUAAGGUCCCUGAUGCUCAAGAUAACUGGUACAUGACCCUGUCUUCGGAUACGCACGCCCGGGAUCGCGCAGCCGUAGAGACGCCAAUCAUUCAUAAUUCAUCGACGCCUUUACGCUGCCUCACCUUCUACUAUUUCAUGAAUGGGGCCAACGUAGGCGAUCUGUCAGUCAUCCCGAGACACGGUGUGGAUUUGGGGGGAGCGGUGUGGACGCAAGGAAGACCCCAAGGAGAUCUGUGGAUUGCAGGACACGUUGAUAUUGCUGCGGACGCGCCGUUCUCUGUCGUCCUCGAAGCAGAGAAGGGCAACAACGAGGAAGGAAUCAUCGCCCUUGACGAGCUACUCCUCCACGGGGCCUCCUGCAGCGUCGUCGGACCUACAGACGCCCCGGACACGAAGAUGAUGUGUGACUUCGAGGAGGAUCUGUGUGGGUUCAAGUUAGAGGAUGAGCAUGGCAAGUGGAUAUGGACGUACCCGCACAGCCCUGACAACGAUUUCCCUCACCCGUUAAAGUACUUUACCUUCUGUCCACUUAACACAGGGCACUACCUCGCCGCGCCCUUGGAAGAUGACCGCGAGGGCGAGGUGGGGCGCGUGGUGAGUCCCGAAUACAGCUUGGAGAGACACGAAGGGCAGUGCCUCGUCUUCUGGUACAUCCACAACGGGAACACAGACAGGGACGUCCUUGAAGUCUAUGUCAAGCACGGACUGAGCAUCUUCCCUCAGGCUGCGUGGAGAGAGAAGGCGAACCACAUGUACACGUGGAUGAGGGCCAACAUCGCCAUCCCUUCCGGCCGAAACCACUUUAGCGUGAUAUGGAGAGCCGUGCAAAAGAAGAGAGACAACAAGGGCGUCUUUGCGCUCGACGACGUGGAGAUCCUGGAGGAGGAGUGUCCAAACAUAGGUACCUGCACCUUCCAGUGGGGAACGUGUGGAUGGCAGAAUCUUUACCAGACAGAGAACACGACAGACGAAACGGACUGGAUUCAGAGCUCGGGAGAUGACGGUCUGAACGGGAUUACGCCGCCGGAUGACCACACCGGAGAUAGCAAAGGGAAGUUCCUCUAUGUGGAUGGCACGAAUGGCACGACGGGAACAGCUGUGUUGGAGAGUCAGCUGUUGACGCCCGAACAACACAGUGAUUUCUGCUUCUCCUUCUGGUUCUUCAUCGAUGGAGUGCCAGCAGACGAGAUCAGCAUCAACUCUGUGGUGUCCGACGGCACCGAGAAAGUCCUCUGGUCCUAUGACGGUGCCAGUCAGGGAUGGACUAAGGGCCAAGUGAGGGUCAACGCUGCCAUAUUCAUCUUCGACGAACUGCCAUAUCAGUCCGGGCUCCCCUUCCACUUACAUCGCGGCCGCAGAACCACGUCAGCUUCUAUCCUCGCCAUGGACGACUUCUCCUUCAAGAGGGAGCUGGAGUGCCAUACUCUCCCCCCUCUUUCACCCCCCACAACCCCAGCCACACCUUCGCUCUGGGCUUGCACCUUCGCCCAAAAAACAUACUGGAUAAACCACUCCCGGCUCCUGGCACUCAACAGACGACAACCGGCUCUGAUCACGGCGCAAGUAGGCCCCCCAGCCUUCGGAAGGGCGUCAUGCUAUUCGUCCACCUUGGUGCUAAAGGCGGACCCGGGGAAAGGGAGUCGCGGGGCCCUGCCAUCGCUCGCGGCGGUCGAAGGUCCUCGGUGCCUCACCUUCUGGUACCAGAUCGACGGUGCUGAUGCUGGCGAACUGUCGGUUGUUGUUACCCUCAGCGGAGGCAAAGAGGAAGGCCUGUGGACACGUGGCUGGCCUCAGGUGGCGUGGGCGCUCGCCUCCGUGGACAUUCCCGUCGAUGGCUCCUCGAAGGUGGAAAUCGUUGGUCUGAUGGGCGACAACACCGAAGGCAACCAUAGCGAUUGACGACCUUAUGAUCCUAGAACACUCUUGCGAUACGGGGCCGACAGAUGGACCCGCAGCUGGCAACUGUGACUUCGAAGAGAGCUCCCUCUGCGGGUACACUUCGGAUGCGGGUCUCGGAGACUGGAAGUGGAUCUCUCCCAACACGGACUCGAGUGACGGGGUUCCUCAUCCGCCUGUGGAUCAUACUUACAACACAGGCUAUGG